AUGGAGACCGGCUUCGGCAUUGGACGAGUGAGAUAUCUCUGGAGUUUGCGAGGAAUUCACAUUGCUGACUGCCUGGGCAGCUGGGUCGACCGCCCAAUUCGUCCUAUUAGUUUGCGCCAACUCUUCUUCUUCGGCCGCACCCUGACUGAGAGCCGCCUGCUCAGCUCCGCUAACUAUGUCCGCAUGGAGCUACCAACGAGAAUUGCGCAUCGGCUACGGGAGAUGCAAAGGCUACCCUACGUAGUGGUCACCAACCCACAUCUCUCCUUGGUGUAUGAAUUGUACUACAAGUCGUUUGAGAAUUUUCGUCGCAUUCCCGUUAUCAGGAGUGUUGAAGAGAACGAACAGUUCUGCAAGGUCAUAGGCGAGAGCUUGAAGGAACAUCUGGCUGUGAUCCCCAACCUGGUCAUGGGCGUCCUCGAGUGCCAGGACCUUGUGUCGGCCGACACCAUGGACAAGUUCGUGCAGGCCAUGCUGCGGGCUCGCAUCUCCAGGCGUGUCAUUGCCGAACAACACCUCGCAUUGACCGACACGUUCAAUUCUCCCUGGCACGUGGCCCAGCCGAGCGCGGAAAACGAGUUUGUGGGUGAAGUUCUACUCAAAUGCAACGCGAAGGACGUCAUUGAAAGAGUUGGGAAGUUCACCCAGGACAUCUGCAAGUCAUCAGCAGGCGCCGACCCGUUAGUUCCGGAGAUCAAGAUUCAAGGCCAUGUCAAUGCUACAUUUCCCUACGUUUUGAGCCACCUGGAAUACAUCAUUGGUGAACUGCUCCGGAAUUCGGUUCAGGCAGUCAUGUCGCGGUACCAAACUCCCAACAACCCGCCUCCCCCGAUCGAAGUACUGGUCUGCGAGGCUCCCCAGCAGGUGGUGAUCCGCAUUUCUGACCAAGGUGGAGGUAUUCCCCGAGAGAUCACCCCUUUCCUUUGGUCUUUUAAUAAAGGACCAAGAAGUGCAUCUCGUCUGGAGAACUUCCGAGAUGUUCCAACCCUGGCUGCCACCAUGCAAGAAGUCCGACAGUUCGCGGCAGCUGAAGAGAGGCCAAGUGGGAAGAUGAGAGAUUCAUCCCUGAGCACCCUCGCGUCAAGAGCGCCAGAUCUGAGGCUUGGAAUGGGAUUGCCCAUGAGCCGGGUGUAUGCCGAGUACUGGGCUGGAGGCCUAGAACUGCAUAGCUUGGAGGGUUACGGCGUAGAUGCAUUCCUCCAAAUAUCGAAGUUGGGAAACCAGAAUGAGCAACUCACAUCACGAGCGAGUAUAGACGCCGUCUGA